AUGUUCCGACAGGCACUAUCAACUUCGACACGCUCGGCUGCACGGGCUUCCGCCAAGCAGCGCGGCACCGUUGCUCAAAUCCGUUUCGCUUCCGGAGGAUCUUCCUACAACCAGCCCACCGGUUACCUCUUUGGCGAGAAGGUCCCCAAGGGAGGCAAGCGACAGAAGGAGGACUGGGAGAACAUGUAUUACAUCGGUCUCUUUGGCGGUAUGGCUUUUGCCGGCAUUGUUCUUAUGUACAAGCCAGACACCAGCAUCCAAUCUUGGGCAAUGGUCGAGGCGAGAAAACGACUCGAAGCAUCUGGUGACGUUUGGCAGUACAAGCCUUCGCCAAACUCUGGCCACCCCAACGGCGUUUGA